CAUUCGAUCACUACGAAAAGAGAUCGCUCGACAACUAUACGUUGUGACGAGAGGAGGGUAUCUUCAUCUGCAUGAAUACGACAUCUGCUAGGGCAAUUGCUUCUCGGAUUUCAAAACGAAUACAAACACAUUCCUCGGUCAACAUGAAUCUUAGGUAUCAUGCGACAUUGGGAGCUGCUCUUGUAGCGACUUCUUCUGCCUGGACGUCUCCAUCGUUGCUAUCGAUGAAACGAUCCGUGCACCACGGAAUCAACCGAGAACAACCGUUUCUUAUCCACCGUGGAUUCUCUACCGGGAAUGGCGUAUCGACAACCACUACUAGCCUUGCCUCGGCGCUUGCGGCCCCAUCGUCGUCGGAUGCAAACACUGCAGGACAACCCGUCGCCACGGGGUCCAUAGUGAACGUCUUUCGUGGCGGGCUUGUGGCAGCACGGAUUAUUGACGACGAUCUCUCGAAGGUCAAUGUAUCACUGGAGGUGGACAUUCCAGAAGUGGUGGAUCCGUCGUUAUCGGUUCCGGACGAAAUGAAAUCGAAAAAGAAGUCAUCGGAAGACGCUCUAGGUAUGCAAAACAAAAAUCAAUAAGAAAGAAAAAUGACAGGAAUAGAUUGAAAGGAUGCAACGACGAGGAAUAGUUGUGGUAUGAAGUGUUUCCGUCGAAUCAAAAACAGUGGGGACAUGCUUUUUGAGUCGACGGCACCUGGAUACAUGUGAUUGCGACCGGGCUAAUGAUUUCUCCUUUUUACAAAUGUUCUUACUACAGGUGGUGAUUUGACUGGUCGCGAAGUACUCUUUGGUGAUGGCACGAUAGGAAUUGUAGUGGUGCACAGACCACCAAUGGUUUUUGUAUACAGAGAUAGCGACGAUUCGAAAGUAGAAGAGCCGUCCGUAGAGGGGGCUGUCACUGUGUUGGAUACGUUGUAUACCCUCAAUGUUCCGAAAAAUCUUCAACGAGUCGAUUGUUUCGGUAAAUCGGUGGUAACCGUAGGGGAAGACGGAACGAUCUUGAAUCGCCCCAUCUUUGCACCUAUUCCUCAGGUGAAGGACAUUUCUCUCAUCAAUAAACCGCUCAUAACGGGUGUAACGAUGUUUGAUGCUCUGGCACCGAUCGGAAAGGGACAAAACAUGCUUCUGAUUGGUCACGAUUUGGAAGACAUGAGACGGUAUGCUCUGGACAUGGUGUCUAUUCAAAAAUCGAAAGGAAUCAAAUGUGUGUAUGCUUCGAGCGGUGACAACGAAAACCAAAAAGAAUUGAAGAGUCUUAUGGAGUCUGCAGGAGUAGAGGAAGACGACAUCAUUUUGGUGUCUUCAGAAGAAAGCAACAAAGACAACAUGGAAGAUGCUUCGGACGCUGCUGAGGGAAUCGUUACUGCUGCAACGGCCUGUGCUAUCGGCGAGGCGUACGCUUUGGAGGAGGGAGUGGAUACUCUUGUAAUCGUAGACAACAUCAACAAACACAAAAGUUUCUGGGACAUUACGACACGAAGUUUAGUUGAUGUCUUCGGAGUUGAUGCAGUGGUAAAGGGAGACCGCGAUGGUGGUGCCUCCAGUGAAAUGCGUGCAUUUUUUUCUUCUUUGGUUCAGCGAUCAGCACAAUACAACAAGAGCCGGGGUGGCGGAAGCGUGACCUUAUUGCUCUUGCAAAAGAUCCCCGCGAUGGUCGAUGAAAAAGACGAGAGCGAUCUCGUGUUCACACCGGAUGAUUUCGAAGGGAGCCCAGCCAAGAUUCGAGAGCGUCUUGAUCUAUUGGUGAAGAAAAAUAUUCCGUUGACGGCAGCCAAUCUUCGAAAGAUCCAAAUCCCGGUCCCAUCUACCGCAGAGGGCAUCAGACGUCUUGCCCUUCAGCACGUGGACGAUUUAAUAAGCAUGUCCGACGGGCAAAUAUGGUUGGACGAACGACUUCAAAACUCGGGAAGGAGUCCCCCGAUGGACUUUCAGCGAAGCAUUACGAGAAUCGGAAUCGGAGCAGACACGCAGUCGCGAGCGGACGCCGCCGCUAUGCGACGCGUCGUCGAAGGGCUUCGGAUGGAACUCUCACAGGCAGAAAGCAUGGACGGAGCCGAUUUCGAUACGAAUGCAUCGAAGAAGCAGUUGAGGAAUGCCCAGGCCUGGCUCUUGGCAAUGCACCAGCCACCCACGUCGGUUGCCCGAACACUCUCCGAAUCGUGUGUGGCAUUGCUAGCUGCUUCGUCGGGUGCGCUGAACGACAGCAUCGACAACGGGGUGUUAGCGGGUUCGGAGGAAGGCUCACGGUUGAUCGAAGGCUUGCUGGACCAUGUCCGCAAGACCGUACCCGACAGCCUCACCGAAAUCGACUCGACACUUGACUUCACUGACGAGACGAAAGGAUUGAUCGAGGAAGCCAUCAAAUCAUACGUUAGUCAAAACUAACUUUUCACUUGGACGAGAUUAGAUUAGAACGUUAGAUGUAAGUUUCUACCAAUCUACCAAUACGUGUACACCGUGGUGGGAACAUGGUCUUCAGAUAUUAGUAUAUCAGUGCUGAACCCCAUGGAAUUGGUGUCGUAAUCGAGGAAUGCCUUUAAAUAAUAGAAAGUGAUGUGA